GGGGGUGUUUUGCUAUGUUGGGCUUUGAGUCACUCCUCACCCACACCCGCACAACCAUGUGCAAGACACUUGCAUUGUACUUCCUCUAACUCGCUGACUUAUUAAGGAGUGACUUGAACGCUCUUUGAGUCAGACACACUCUGUCCUUCAGCGACAUACGAUAAGCAGAAGCCUCUCUGGUGGUAAGACGAUUUAGUAAAGAUGGAAACGACAACGGAUUACUACCCUGACUACAACGAGACACCAGCUGUGAUAUGUAACAGGGACGCUGACAACUUUUUCGGAGCUCAGCUAUCCGUCAUCUACUACUUUAUGUUUGUGUUCAGUCUGUUUGGAAACGGGCUGGUCCUGGUCAUCAUCCACAGGUUUGAGAGACUGACAACUGUGACCAACAUCUUGCUGCUGAACCUGGUGUUUUCCUCCCUGAUAUUCAUGAGCAGCCUUCCCUUCAUGGGAGUCUACAUGCAGCUCUCCACCUGGAUCUUCGGCAAAGCUAUGUGCAAGAUUAUCAGCAGUGUGUACUACCUGGGCUUCUACAGCUCUGUCCUCUUUUUAACUCUUCUGACCUUUGACCGACACCUUGCAGUUGUGUACUCCUUGAGUGCGUCGCAUGUGAGGAACCAACGCUAUGCUGUGAUCUCCUGUGCUGUGGUCUGGCUGGUCAGUAGUUUGGCAUGCAUCCGACCAAUGAUACUUUACUCCUCUUAUUAUUUUGCUCUUGACAACAAAACCUACUGUGAUGAGUAUCCUGGUGAUUUUGAAUAUAUAAAUGUGGAAAAGCUGAGAAAAUCUGGAUUUUACCUUCAGCUUCUACUUUUCUUGGUCUUUCCUCUGGCUGUUAUUAUCUACUGCUAUGUCAGGAUUGCAGUCACUGUCAUUUCAUCCAGAAUAGCCACCAAGUUCAAGACAGUCAGGCUGAUAUUCGUCAUUGUACUGUUGUUUUUCAUGUGCUGGACACCUUUCAAUGUGAUAUUGCUGUUGGAAGAAAAUAACAGUAAUUGUGAAGAUUCGCAGAGACUGGGUUAUGCGAUUCACAUCACGCGUAACCUUGCCUACAUUUACUUUUGCAUCAGUCCCAUCUUCUACACAUUUGUUGGGAAAAAAUUUCAGAACUACUUCUUGCAGCUGAUGGUGAAAUACUUCCCAAGCCUAAGGAGGCGCGUUUCUGUCAGUCAAGUCAGCAGAACCAACAUGUCCACAAAAAGCACACAAAAUGAGCUUUAGGGAUGGGAAGAAAAGCAUAGAUUGGAGUGAGUCUGAAGAAAUAUGUCUGUGAAGGUUCUUAGUUGCCCAGGUCAUGGCAUAUCCAAAUCCUCGAAAGAAAGGCGUUAGGACUUUUUGAGUUUCUUGAAGAUGAUACGCCACUCAUAGAAGUAGCUUCUUCAGUUCUAAAGCUCAGAACUGAAGAAGCUACUUGGAGAGUCUGAAGGAAACAUUUCUUCAAAUUGCCAAAUGAAUGUGGGCUAAAACCAUUUCUUGGAAUGAUCUUUUGAUUUCCAUGACCUAACAUCCAGGAACAUUUCCACUCCAUUGAAUUUUGAUUUGGCUGAUUUUGUUCUAGUAAAAAAAAAGCCAAAUUAAAAGCCAAUUAGCAACAUUGAAGUCCUGUCAAAUGUUCUAAAAGCAAGGAUUCCUGUAGUGUUAUAACAUAAUUCAGAGACCAACAGACAUUUCCUUUCAGAAAGACAUGCCACUCCUUCUCUCUCUGUACCCUAGACUUGACAUAUGAUAUAUUUUCUUCUUGCAAACCAAAGCAAAAUAUGUGUCAAGUUGGACUGCUUCUACAUAAUAAGGCAGGAAUUUGUAUGGUAUUAAUUUUUAGCUUGGCUUAGAUGAUUCCUAUCUCCUAGCAGUCAAAAUUUGAUUAAUUAAGCCAUUGAUAAAAGUGGAACAACUUGAGGCAGAAGAAACAAAGCUGCUAUCAUCUGUAAACAUAUUUUAGGAAUACAUUGUAAUGUAGAAUGCUUGAUCAAAAACAAUAAAUCCUCCAUGCACAUCAUAGUUCACUUACAGUAUUUAACCUUUUUCAGAUUCAGAAUUUUGUAAAUAUUUGAUCAGAUACACUCAGUGUAAAUUAAAGUUGAUCACAGAAAUGA